GGGCUGAGGACAGGGAGCGGGCGGGGCUCGGCUACCGGCCGCGCUGUGCGAUCCGUGACCCUCCCUUUCCCCGCCAGGCGCGGGGAGCCAUGGCGGGAGCUCUGCGUGUGGGGGACCAGCUCAUCCUGGAGGAAGAUGACGAGCCGUACAUUCCCACCGAGGAAGAAAUCCAGAGUUUUGCACGGGACAUUGGGAUCGACCCUGAGAAGGAGCCAGAGCUGAUCUGGGUGGCCCGCGAAGGCAUCGCGGCCUCGUUGCCACCUGAAUGGAAGGCCUGCCAAGAUGUGACCGGUGAUGUCUAUUACUUCAACUUCGCUAAUGGCCAGUCCAUGUGGGACCACCCCUGUGAUGCCUUCUACAGAGAGCUUGUCAUUCGGGAGCGGGAGAAGCUGCAGGCAGCUGCCAGCUUGAAGAAGAAAGACAAGAAGAAAAAGAAAGAAAAGAAGAAAGAGAAGAAAGACAAGAAGGAGAAAGAGUCACUGAAGCGGCUCACCCCCUCAAGUGCCCUGCCAGUACCUGUCCUGCCCCCGCUGCGUGGCAUCCCGCUCACCUCGCUGGGCUCCGACCUGGGCAACUCGGGGGAAUCCAGCCUCCUGGCCAAAGCAGGGCCACAGCCUGCAGAGACCUUUAAGCCCACUAGCCAGACCAAGAAGUUGCUGGCCAUGGUGUGUGAAGAGAAGAGUUCCUUGGACACAGGAGCUCUCUAUAAAGGGAGAAGUGAAGAGGAUGACAGUGAGAACGAGAGUCUCCGUGGGACUGCGAGACUGUUCCAAAACCUGCACAUGGAUAUCGGCGCCCUGGGGAGCACCUUUGACUGCGAGGAGUCUUUAAAAUCAAGACAUCCUGAAGAAGGGCAAGAGUCUUCCUUGGAUUCUGAUGCUGCAUGCCCUCCGACUCCAGUUCACGUCCUUCCCGGCGAGGCUGAUGGUAGCCUGUCUGGCCAGGACGAGGAAGGGUCUGAGGGGAAACUCGCUGGGAGUGAACUACGGGGAAAACAGGAUGCUGAGGUGGAAGGUGACAUCUCUGCAGCUGCUGAGCUGCCCCAGGCUCUGGGGGAAAGGAGCACAGCAGGGACAGAUGUGCCCGGUGGUCCUGGGCAACCUCGAGCGGCGUCUCCGGCUUCUGAGGCUGCUGAGGCAUGUGAGGCAGCGAGCGUGGCUGCCACCAUGGAUGCUGUGUCUGGUGGGGAAAAGACAGUGGAUGAAACGAGGGAAGAAGCAGCAGCUGAUCUGCAAACAGACAGCAGGCUGGAUGCUGGCAAACUCUCCAAGGGAUCCGAGUCCGUUGGCUGUGAGGAGGACUCACAAGACAUCUUUGACUGUGAGCUGCUGCGCCCUGUGGAUUUGGGUUUCCAGAGUCGGUUUUCUGAGCGGGUCGUGGUUGGGGAGGUUCUGUCUCCUGCCUUGGAUGGCCCCAUGUGCAAGGCCCAGGGAGAAGAGGAAAAAGCCCUAAGCAAAGCCAGUAUAGAGGAAGAGAAAAGCGAAAGAGCAGAAGCUGCUGAGAGGCAACCCCAGAAGGGGAUCCAACAGGAGCAGUGUUUGCAGCAGCCUAGCGAACGAUCCCCAGAGGGAACAGACGAGGAGCCAGAGCUGGAGCCCCAGCGAGACAAAAUGCAUUUAUUGCAAAACCAAGAGGAGAAAAUGCAGCAAUUCCAGGAGGAGACGAGGCAGCAGGAGGAGGAGGCAGCUGAGAAGCUUCAUCAGCACAAAGAAAAGUCCCUCAGGGCUCUAAAGGAGGAUCUGGCAAAGGCUUGUGAGGAGGAAGAGCUGCGUGUCAGAAGAGAAGAAGCCGAGAGACUCUCCAAGCUGCGAGCCAGAAUUGCCCUGGAGACUCAGGCAGAGGAGGAGAAGAUCAGGGCAGAGCAAGAGGUGGCACUGCAGAAACUCAGGGCAGAGUGGGAAUCCCGGCAGGUCAUGGAGAAGGAGAGCCUGGAGAGGAAACAGCAGCUCACUCUGGAGAAAAUGAAGGCAGAAGUGGAGGAAGCCCAGCAGAAGGAGAUGAAUGAGCUGGAACAAGAGAAGGAACGAUUCCUGAGCGAGCUCAAGGAAAGAUUAGACAGGGAGAAGAAGAAGGCAGUGGAAGAGCUGGAGAAGCACUUUGCAACUGAACUCCAGCAGCUGAAGUCUGCGGCAGAACGGAAGCAUCAGAAGGUCAUUUCCAGCCUGCAAACCCAGAUAGCAGAGGCCCAGAGGAGCGAGGAGGCUCAGCUGCACGAAGACUUGCAGAGGGCAGAGCAGAAAGUGCAGCAGAAAGCCUUUCAAGUGAGGGAAUACGAACGCGAGCUGAGUGAGCUCAUGCGAGAGAAGCGCCAGGAGGUGGAAAGAGACCACGAGAGGAAGCUGGAGCGGCUGAAAGCGCAGCACCAGGAGGCCAUAGCCCGGGUUCAGGAUCAGUACAAGGAGGAGGAGCGGCAGCGCAGGGCAGAGCUGACCGAGGGGCUGUGUGCCGAGAUGAGCCGGCUGCGGCAGCUGCACCACGCCGAGGCCAAGGCUCUGCAGGCAGAGCUGGACGGGCAGCUCUCUGCCCUGCAGCUCAGGCACAGGGAGAAGGAAAGGAGAGUGCAGGAUUUGGAAAGUGAGCUGGACCUGCGCAUGAAGAAAGCCCAAGCCAGGUCAGCGCAGCUCCUGAGCCAGGAGGAGUCUCUGAGGAAGAAAAGGCAGCAGCUGCUGGAUGAAGACAGACAGAUUGAGCUAGAAAGAGACGAAGCUGCUGUGGCCUCAGAAAGGUGGCUGGAGGAGAGCAGGCAGGAGCGUGCCAGGCUCCUGGAGUCCAUCUGGCCCCUGCGCCGCACUCUCGGGGAGCUCCAGGACCAGAAGGCUGAGCUGGAGGCCCAGGUGGAUUUGUUACAGAGCCGAAGCCAGAGGCUGCAGAGACGCCUCAGCGAGCUGGAGGCAGCUGUGAGCCGCAGGCAGCAGACUUUGAAAGAGCUGGAGGCAGAAGAAGAGCCGGAGUCUCCACGAAAAGCUGAGCUCCACGUUGAAGACCUAAGAGAAACAACUCAACCCUUGUCUGGAGAACCUGCUUCCCCACCCUCCCAGAGCCACGAGGCCAGCAGCUUCCCAUGGGAUCACGUCAGGAGCCUGGUGUCAGCAGAAGGGAUCUCCAUCAGGAGGGCCAAGGAGUUCGUGGCACGGCAGAGCCGCUCCGUGAGGAGGAGGCAGCAGGCGCUGAGGGCCGCCCGGCAGCAGCAGCAUCGGGACCUGGAAGAGGAAACAAAGCAGUUGGAUGAGGUGAAGUCAGCUGUGCAGAAAGGGCAGGUGCUGCUGAACAAGAAAGAAGAGAAACUGAGUCAGUUAGAGUCCUCACUGCUGGAGGAGCUUUCAGAUGAAGAUCUGCUGAAGGGUGCUGCAUGCAAGAAGAUGGUGACUUUUGACCUGAGCAGCUCUGAGAACACCAGCAGCACGGGCAGCGUGGACCUGCAGCAGCCCACAUUCGAUUUGAGGUCGGAUUUACAGCCUGGCUCCCAUAUGGACAAGAUCCAGUACCUGACAAGCUCCCUACAGCGCUUCAGCCAGGAGCUGAAUGGGUUCCUCGGCGUGCUGGGCUCCCGGAGCGGUCAGCAGCCUGCGGCACCCUGCGGCGGGGUGCCCCUCUCUGCAUACACCCCCCUGGCAGGGCUGGGGGCUGCCAGCUCCCAGUGGCCCUGGGGCACGGGGCUGAGCUCUGGGCGGUCCGUGGCAGCUGCCCAGUCGGUGGAUGACCUCCUGGCAGAGAAGUGGCGCAGAUAUUUCCCAGGUGGAUUCCCGUUGCUCAGCGGAAGCUCCAGGCCUCUGGAGAACAGGCUGGGAUAUGUACCUGCAGAGGAGCAGCUGCGGCUGUUCCAGCAUUCCCACUUCCAGAGCCGCGAGCCAGACAAGCUGAGCAUCGAGAGAAUGAUCGAGGCCAACAAGAAAUGGUUAGAAGACUUCAAGAGGGAUGCAAAAGUGCCUCUCCUACCUGCAGCACAGCUUCAGCUGGGACUCGAUGAAAAGGGGCAUAUUAAAGUGUACCACAACUGAAAGAGGAGGCUGUGCCUGGGGGAGAUGGUGCUGAGGCCCCUGUGCUCCCCCUCACACUGCAGGGGGGUUCAGUGAUGCUCAGCCACCUCCCCUCUGCGUUCCUGCAGUGCCCUUGAAAUAAAGUGUCUUUACAAAGAGAGCGGAGGAAGAAGGAAGUGAACUUCCCAGGUGGAUUCUUCUAAUCCUCUCACGUGUCCAAAUAUAUUUUAUGGACUGUUUAAUCCAGUGGUGAAACAUCAGGGCUGCAAUAAAUCAGCAGCUCUCUCAUCAGCAUUCUGCUGGUGGUGAGGCAGAGCCGUGAAUCAGAGGCGACUUGGAGUAACUGGUCCGGGCUGCUGGAACAGGCUCUGUGGGGUGGGAACCCGCCAGGGGCUCGGCAUGGACGGUGCUGAGCCAGGCAGCUGCAGCUCCCCCCCGAACAGCUCCUGCUGGGAAAUGUUUACAUGGCAGAGAGAAGUCUAUUUUUGAUGAACCCCCCUGUGAAACUCCCUCAGAAUGUCUCUGGGGAUAUAUUUUUUUGCUGAUAUUUCUUCGAAUUGUUGUAAUGACUUGGCCAGCCUUUGGCCUAGGACAGCCCCAUGCUCUGCUCAGGUCUGUGUUCUCCUACCUUGUGGCUGCUCUCAGAGCACAGGGUUAGUCCUUCUGCAGCCACUGCUGGUGGGGAACAUCCCCCUGGGUCCCCACGAGGGACUCUGAGCUGCCGCUUGCCAGCCCUGGCUGAAGGAGACCACAAGCGCCCACAGGGAACGGUGGGUGUCCAGAGGAGCCACUCCACAGGAAGGGAAGGACCGAGAAGCAGGUUUCCCAUCUGCUGUCAGAUGCCCUGCUCUGUGUGGAUCAUCUGCAGGACUUUUGGUUCCAUUGCCUGGUGGGAGAGCUGGCACUCCUUCCCCUUAGGUGCUGCAGAGGGGACCCUGUGGCUCAGGCAUGGUCACCCAGGGAGGCUCAGCCUCAUGGAGGACAG